AUGACAGGUGUCAAGUCGUCAAGCGAACCGCAAUGGAACACUCAGUGCAUUAUCAACUCGCAUCGAGAUGACGGCAGCGUCGCUGUCGCUCCCACGUCCCUAAGUUUACUCUGCUUCGCUCGAAAUUUCACUUCAGACGCGAGCGGGUAAAUAACGAGGCAAUAUCAAAGCGGGCGGCCGUCAGUCGUCUUGAGCGCAGUGCGCCAGGACAGUCAUUUCAAAGUGACAGGGGGUGGAUGUGACAGGGGGGGACCGGGGUGGACCAGAUGGAUUGAUAUUGCACCCGGUAAGACGGAGCGAUCGCAUGCGACGGAAAAACACGACGCCCCAGAACGUAUUGCACUUGAAAGUUGCUUGAUAGAUUGA